AAAGGGGAGUCGGAGUGGCGCGUGAGUCAGCGCGAGGAGGCCACGGGACGGGCAGUUGUUGACUCGACCCAAGUUUCCACAACUGUGAAAGCAGUCUCGUUAUUCACUCAAACCUCGGUUGGCGUCGAUUUUAUUUGCGUGGUUUGGAAUGAAAUGCUGUUUCGUGGGUAGCUCUAAAGACCCUGUCGAGAGCCCGUCAGGUGCCUUUGAGGUGUCGUGUGUGGGCCAGCUUGAGCCAGUCGGCCCAGGGGGGCGGCUCUUGGAGGGCUCGGUACCAUGCCGUAACACCCUGCCCCCACCUCCCCCUCUAUCCCCUCCCUCUCACUCCUCCUCUUUUCCGGGCCUCCCUGUAGCUGCUCCCCUGUGCUCUGCCGAGAUGAGUCUGCAGCAACACGCCCAGGGCUCUGAGAGGGACCUGCCCUCUGCCACCUCCUCCAUCAGCCUACCCACGGUGCGGAAGACGCCCAAAAAGAGGCGCCUCUCGUUGCGCUCGCUGUUCCGUCGCCGACGUGGGGACCCCAAGUCCCGCAAGUCCCGCACCCUGACCAGCGGCGUGGACGGCAUCGCCAGCGUGGAGAGCGUGCACUCAGAGGUUCAGCAGCACGAUCGCUCCUCCUCUUUCUCUGCCCCUGGCAUGGCUGCUUCCUCUACUCCCUCAGGCUCCACCUCUUGCUCCUCCUCCUCUGAGCUGCUGGAGUGCCCCUUGUGUCUGCUGCGGCACGCCCGUGACCGCUUCCCUGACAUCAUGACCUGCCACCACCGCUCGUGUGCUGACUGCCUGCGGCAGUAUCUGCGCAUCGAGAUCUCGGAGAGCAGGGUGAACAUCAGCUGUCCCGAGUGUUCCGAGCGCUUCAACCCCCAUGACAUCCGCAUGAUCCUGGGAGAUCGCGCACUCAUGGAGAAGUACGAGGAGUUCAUGCUCCGCCGCUGGCUUGUGGCCGACCCAGACUGCCGCUGGUGCCCUGCCCCGGACUGCGGGUACGCAGUUAUAGCGUUUGGCUGUGCGAGCUGCCCAAAGAUCACGUGUGGUCGAGAAGGCUGCGGGACAGAGUUCUGUUACCACUGCAAGCAGCUGUGGCACCCCAACCAGACAUGUGACACAGCCAGACAGCAGAGGGCCCAGAGCCUCCGGCUACGGCCCUUCAGAUCCUCCUCACUCAGCUACAGCCAGGAGAGUGGGGCUGCAGCAGACGACAUAAAGCCGUGCCCGCGCUGUGCGGCCUACAUCAUCAAAAUGAACGACGGGAGCUGUAAUCACAUGACUUGUGCUGUGUGUGGCUGUGAAUUCUGCUGGCUUUGCAUGAAGGAGAUCUCAGACCUGCACUACUUGAGCCCGUCGGGGUGCACCUUUUGGGGCAAGAAACCCUGGAGCAGGAAGAAGAAAAUCCUCUGGCAGCUGGGCACACUGGUGGGUGCUCCGAUUGGCAUUGCACUGAUCGCUGGCAUUGCCAUCCCUGCCAUGAUAAUUGGCAUUCCUGUGUACGUGGGUAGAAAGAUUCACAAUCGCUAUGAAGGGAAGGACAUCUCAAAGCAUAAGAGGAACCUGGUGAUUGCAGGUGGAGUGACGCUGUCUGUGAUCGUGUCGCCAGUAGUAGCUGCUGUGACUGUAGGUAUUGGAGUGCCCAUCAUGCUGGCCUAUGUCUACGGCGUGGUGCCAAUAUCGCUGUGUCGUAGUGGUGGCUGUGGUGUGUCCGCGGGCAACGGGAAAGGUGUGCGCAUUGAGUUUGAUGACGAAAACGACAUGAAUGUGGGCAAUGGAGCAACUGCAACUGACACGACGUCUGUGGCAGAGACUAGGCACAACCCAAGCAUUGGCGAGGGCAGCGUAGGCGGCCUGAUGGGCAGCCUCAGUGCCAGCGGGUGUCACAUGGAGCGGGUCGGUGCCAUGAGGGACAACCUGAGUGAGAACGCCAGCACCAUGGCCCUUGCAGGAGCCAGCAUCACCGGCAGUCUGUCAGGAAGCGCCAUGGUCAGCUGCUUCAACAGGUUGGAAGUGCAGGCUGAUGUGCAGAAGGAACGCUGCAGUCUGAGUGGAGAGUCCGGCACAGUGAGCCUGGGGACGAUCAGUGACAGCGCCAGCACCAAGGCCAUGGCUGGCUCCAUCCUUAAUGCCUACAUGCCCCUGGACAGAGAGGGCAGCAGUAUGGACGUUCAGGUGGAUGUGGAGUCCAAACUUGGAAAACUUCGCCACCACAGUGGCAGCAGCAGUGUGGAAGAUGGUAGCACAGUGGGGCGGGGGGGUGGUCCCUGCCCCUCCAGCUGCCCCCACGAGGGCAAGUGCAGCUCUUCCCACUGGGUCAAAGAGCCCUCCACCUCCUCAUCUGGAAAGAAGAGCAAAGGCAAGAUGUGCAAGAAAAGCGGUGGCACCAAGAUCAACGAGAGCCAGGAGGACAUGGAUGCGCAGCUCCUGGAGCAGCAGAGCACCCACUCCAGCGAGCUGGACUCUCCGUCCCUGAGCGGCAGCCUGCCCUCCGUCACUGACUCCCACUGUAGCCACAUGUCCGAGUUCAGCUGCCCUGACCUGGACGCCUGCCGGCCGCACUGCUGCACUCACGAGCCCCAGGCCCGGCCCACUCCUGUGCCGGUCAGCCCCCUCCCUGAGGUGGAGCAUGACCGCCUGGAGAACUGCCCCACCCCUGGGCCCCUCCCCCUGGCUGGCACCGUCUCCUCCCUCCUCACCCCAGGAGGUGCAGAGCGACCUCUGUGUCACAUGGUGGAGGAGAAUAUGAGCUCCACUUGCAGGGCGGAGCUGGGGCCCAGCGCAGGAGACAGAGACCAUGGCAAAGGCGUGAUGCAAGCAGCCAGCCCUGUGCGAAACUCCUGCAUUCAGACGGAGAUCUAACACUGCCAACCCAAAUGCUAGCUUUUGUAAGCUAACCUCACGUCCUAUUUGUGGCUGAGGAAUGCACACACACCUGUUUUCUUUUUAUAUAU